GGAACAGCACAUUUGAACCCCUCUCCCUCUCCCCUUCGCCUCGAGGACGCGCACAAGCUACAGCCAUCAGCCCAUCAGCCCAUCACUCAGCCGCCGCCGCCGCCACCGCCGCUGGAGUGAUGGAUUCCCGCGGAUUCGAUUCCGCCGGCCGCGUCUUCUCCAGCGCCACCGAGAUGUGGGCGGAAGAGCUCGGCUCGAGCGCCACGGCUUCCACCACGGCGGAAGCUGCGUCCCCCGCCACCGCCACCGAAGGCAGUGGUGGCGCCAGCGAGGAAGGGGCUGGAGACGGGAAGCGCAAGGAGUGGUACUCCAAGGCUAUCGCCUACUGGCAAGGCGUGGAGGCGUCGACCGAGGGGGUUCUGGGAGGCUAUGGGUGUGUGAACGAUGUGGAUGUCAAGGGCAGCGACGCCUUCCUCCGCCCUCUCCUCGCAGACCGGUUUGGCACCGCGAAGCGUCAUCUGGUUGCGCUUGAUUGUGGCUCGGGUAUUGGGCGCGUCACAAAGAAUUUUCUUCUCAGGCAUUUCAAUGAGGUAGAUCUUGUGGAGCCAGUAUCUCAUUUCCUUGAAGCAGCACGGGAAAGUCUUACUGGAUAUAUGGAUCAAGGAGAAGACUCACACAAGGCUGCCAACUUUUACUGUGUGCCUCUUCAGGACUUCACUCCUGAGGAAGGAAAAUAUGAUGUGAUUUGGAUUCAGUGGUGCAUAGGGCAACUUCCGGAUGAUGAUUUCAUUUCAUUUUUUAAUCGUGCAAAGGUUGGGCUCAAACCUGAUGGUUUUUUUGUUCUAAAAGAGAACAUUGCAAGAAAUGGUUUUGUGUUAGACAAGGAGGAUAACAGUGUCACUAGAUCGGACCCAUACUUCAGGGAGCUAUUUAAAAGGUGUGGGUUAUAUAUCCUCAGUGUUAAGGACCAAAAGGAGCUCCCGGAGGAACUAUUUGCUGUCAAAAUGUAUGCACUGGUGACCAGUCAACCGAAAAUCCAGAAAAGUGGAAAGAGAAGACGGCCUAAAAACUCACCUCGUAUGAUCCGCUCUUGAAGAAUGCUGGCACUAGGUCUAGGUGGGCUGUGAGCUGCUGGGCCUGUCUGGUCAUGUAUUCCCGCUGGCUUGUGCUAAAGUUUCUAGGACAUCAAUUUUUGCCAUGUUAGUUUUGUUUCAAUACAUUUUAUUUCUUUACAAGCUCAAAUUUCUUUGAGAUCAACUUCAUUCUUAAUCUCAACUGAUGUUGUAUCACCUGGUUAAAUAUUCAAAUAUAUGAUCUCUGUUGAAUGUGCACGAUCACAUUUUUCUGAG